GCUCCGGCGCCUCAUGCCCGGGACCUCGUUCCGCCCGAUGUCCUGGACCCUGGGGUUCCUCCAGGUCCCCAACCAGUUAUUCCAGCAGCUUCCCCUCAGCGGCGUCCGGGCUAUAAGGCCUCCGGAGGCGAGGCCCCAGCUCCCCACGCACCACACCGCCAUGAAGACAGCCCUGCUGCUCCUCGUCGUCCUGGCUGCGGCCCUGGGCCCAGCCCGGGCCCUGCGCUGCCACGUGUGCAGCAGCUCCACCAACUGUAAGAAGCCGCAGAGCUGCCCCGCCAGCGCCCGCUUCUGCCGCACCAUGACCAGCGUGGAGCACCUGACGGGGAACCUGGUGGAGAAGGACUGCGCCGACACCUGCCGGGCCACCUACACACAGCCGGGCCAGGUGAGCGGGGGCGCGGCCGCCACCCAGUGCUGCCAGCAGGACCUGUGCAACGAGAGGCUCGUCAGCGGCGCGCCCCGCCCGCCCGCCGCGCUGGGCCUGGGGCUGGCGCUGGGCCUCCUGGCCCUCACCGCGGGCCUCGGCCUGUGAGCCCCGCUGCCCCGC